GUUUCUUCAGGUGUUUUCUUCACCUAUUCUGUUCUUUCCCUCUGUGUCCUCAGGUGUGCAGCUCGGCGGUGCGUGGCGGUGCCCGAGCGGGGAGCUGCUGCGGGUCCGUGGGUGCGGGGAGUGCGCGGGAGCGCCGCGGGCUGGCCCCGCUCCCGGCCCCGCUCCCGGCCGCCGUCGUGCUCGCAGCUGCGGGCAGCGGGCGCCCACCCAGCCGCAGGGCCAUGUUCUACUUCCACUGCCCCCCGCAGCUAGAGGGCGCUGCCCCCUUCGGAGGUCACUCCGCCGGCGACUUCGACGACGGGUUCCUGCGGAGGAAGCAGCGUCGCAACCGCACCACCUUCACCUUGCAGCAGCUCGAGGCCCUGGAAGCUGUUUUUGCUCAAACCCACUACCCAGAUGUGUUCACUCGUGAAGAGCUGGCUCUGAAAAUCAACCUCACAGAGGCCAGGGUGCAGGUGUGGUUCCAAAAUCGGAGGGCUAAAUGGAGAAAAACAGAGAGGGGUGCUUCGGACCAAGAGGGCUCUAAGGAAACCAUGGCUGAGGUGGCACCUCCUGCAAGGAAUUUAAAUUCCCCUUCUCCAGCAGAUCAAACCAGGAAUAAAAAGGAGGGUCUGGAGAUCCAGCAGAGCCUGAGUCGAGCAGUGGGUCCUACAGGACCUUUCUUCCCUUCCUGCCUGCCGGGGACUCUUCUCAACACAGCCACCUAUGCACAAGCUUUAUCCCACGUCGCCUCUCUAAAAGGGAGCCCUCUGUGCUCGUGCUGCGUUCCCGACGCCGUGGGCCUGUCCUUCCUGCCGCCCUACGGCUGCCAGAGCACGCGCACGGCCAGCGUGGCCGCGCUGCGCAUGAAGGCGCGCGAGCACUCGGAGGCCGUGCUGCAGUCCGCCAACCUGCUGCCCGCAGCCGGCAGCCCCCCGCCCCCCCCCCCCCCCAGCCCCCCGCCCGCCAAGGACCGGCCGCCCUCCCCGGCCCCGGAGCACGCGGAGGGGGAGAAGGGCCUAUGA